AUGGUAGAUAAGGGCGAUGAAGCCACCGAAAGCGAGUCCUCCUCACCACAAAAUCUCCAACAAUGGAAUGCAUAUGAGGAUUUGACCGGAUCAUCCGUAUCAUCCUUCCGGUCUCAGUACUCCGCGGAAAUAAAUGAGCCAACCAACUGGUAUGGCAUGCCUGCGCCGCCCCCUGAAUCAGCGCGUGACACCAGUGCCAAGGUGACGAAGCUUAUACAAGAAGUACUAAGCACAUAUGAAGAUGUGUUAGCCAAACGUUAUCGGAUCCGGGAAAUGAGGCACAUGCUUCGACAGAAACGUGAUCAAGAAGAUGAUGUGCGGGUUGUAUUACAGAGCAAGUUGAAUCUCAUAACUACCGAAAACGUAUAUGAGGAUCUUGCUGCGAUCAAUCAGACCAUCAAUGACCUCCAAGUUGCGACAGCGUCUUGCUUCAUCUUUGAAAAUGAUUAUUAUAGACAGGAAGAUGAAUUAGCGCAGGUGGAGUACGAUUACAACAGACGUUUGGAAACAUUGCAAGCCAUCUUAAAGUACGAAGGCCACUUGUUGGCACAGAUCGAGCCCAUUAUCUCGGACACCGAAUCCUCCUCUUCGGACUACACCUCUGAGUAUGGCGACCAAAUGGUGCCCCAAGUGGCCGAUUACCUCUCCAUGGUCGGCGAAGUACGCAUACUCACGGAGCGGUUGUCGGAGCUGGAAACAUACUACCAGGUGCUAGUUGACCAACGCGAGCUCCGCGAACGAGUCGGCAUCCCACUCGACAGCGGGGCCCUCAACUUCCUCCUUCGAUACCCAGAUAAAAAAAGCAAGAUCGAGACCGAGUUAGAACUAGCCCGCCAUAACGUCGAGGCGCACCCGGAACAUGUUUAUCGCUCCGCGCAGAUCGCACAAGAGGAAGAUAAAGAAGAUGAGGUAAUCCAGCAUUUCAUGCCCAAGAAACCAGAGGACCAGACGUACAAUGAUCCUCUGCAUUUUUCGGAAUUUGAGGAUUCAUCGCCUUUCUUUGCAUCCGCGCACUCACAGCCUGUCAACAAAGGCACUUUUGUGAACCGAUGGCUUCUUCAUCGGCUGCAGCACUCGAGAGUUGAGAUUAUGCGGUUUAAGUCUGCACCUGAGCUGGUGGAUCUGGAUAGAAAGGGCUGGGGGUCAGAAGAUAUUAGCAAGAUGGCGAUGAUGCUUUGGUUUCAAGAUGGCGCGGCGAGUAUGGAGCAUAUUAUGAGUCGAUCGGCUGGGUAG